CAGUGUUUUAUUCUCCAAGUAGUUGAGAUCAGCUCCAUUUUUUUUUGUCUUUCAAUGCAUAAUGAUCAACAUACGGCAGCAAAAUACAGAGGAAGGGGUAGGCUCAAAUGAACUGGGAUUUGGCAUUCAGUUUCCAAGAAAAAGGAAGUAAAACAGUGAAAUGAAACCAGUAGUUUAUCAGUUAGUGAUAAAACACACGACUAAAAUUUGGAUUUCAAAAUAAAAUCUGAAUCAAGGACUGAAUCAUUCAAUCUUUCAAUUAAUUAAGCCACACAAAAAUGUACUUUCAUCAUUUAAAUCAUUUUAUGAAUUGGCCACAACUGUUUUACAUGUGAGUUAGCUGGGAGAUUAACAAACUAAUCCCUGAUUUUGUUCAAGGCAUGCCUUUCUGUAAACCUGCUUUCUUAAACCUGCGCAGCACAAUGUAGGCUAUCACGUCUCUAUGCAACAUAUUUUUAACACCACUUAUUUACCUCCUUGGGUACAAAUGAGAUCUUGCACCUGAAAUCUCAUGGGUACGAUUAUUAACAAGACACUGAACGCAACGCAAGCAUUACGCGUUUCAGUCUCCUGGCAACCAAGACUGUUGUGGACAUGAAGAAAGUUUGUUUUCUGUCAUGAUUCCGCACUAAAGUACAAUUACCAAACAGCCAUGUCCAGCAGCGGUAAGCAAAACCCUGGGUGCUUUGGGAGCGACAUCCGCAGACUGCUUCUGGCUGCUGAAGCUGGUCAGAAGGCUGAUAUCCUGACCUACUCCUCAGGUCAUCUGGGGCCCCACAGUCUGGAUCAGGGUCAGCCUAAGAUGGACACAAAGCAGUCUUUCUGGAAAAUGUCUCAGAGCCAAGAAGAAACCCCAAACCCUCUGACACUCCAGCAGAGACAAACAAAGGCACUUACCUAUGUAAAGAAGAAAGCAAUGAAAGAGUCUCCCUCUGAGUUCACCGCCAGCGCUGCUUUAGAAGCAUCUGAAGUCUCUGAGUCAAGACAAGACCAGGCUACUGAUCACUCAUCACAUGCAGACAGAAGUGGUGUUAUAAGUUUACCUAAGAUGGUUCAUUGUUCAUCAAACUCUUUGCCUUUCCAGCCGAGAGCUUUUUCCCAGAAGAAAGUUAACCUUUCAUCUGAUGCUGACGGGAAACAGCAAUUUUGCUCAAGCCUUUCUGGCCAGAAAGGACUGAAUAAUGAAGACCAACUAAAGACAAAUCAGUGGUUAGGUAGGCAAUUCACAGCCAAGCACAACCCCUGGGCGAGAAUAAAUGUUGCUGAAAAGCAUGAGAGGAAACUAGAAAAGGAGCUGAAGAAGCUGUCAGUGCAGAACUGGCCCAGCAGAGACCGCCUUGCGGUGUUCAGUGACGUCUUUGAUGAUGUAUGUGAAAGCUCGCCAGUAUUUGGACGCAUCCUGAGGGAAAUUAAGACUGAUUAUGAUUUGUACGUCAACCACAUGAUGGCUUCCCAGUCACCUCUACCUGACAUGUCACAGAAUACUUCCCUUGAAGAUCUCAGCAUUGGCAAACUAAGGGAAAUGGAGGUGGAAGAUGCUGAAGAAGAGGUUUGCAGGCUGGAGCAGGAGGCCAGAAGAGCUCUAAAGGAGAAUAAACGAGUCCAAAAUGAAUUACAGAAUGUUCCAGCUAUCACAGGCCCAGAGGACAGUGACAUGAAGAAUGUAUCUCUGUCAGGGCUGCAGGACAGCGGGACUGCCAUCGGCCACACCGACAGUGUCCAAUUCAAGAGGCUUCAGGUGUUGAACAUGUGGAGGGAGAUCCAACAGCUAGAAGAAGAGAUUAAGGAGAAGCUGGUGUCCACUGUUACAACCACUGCCAUUGAAAGACGCAUUAAAGACCUGAAGGCAGAGACAGUAAGACUGAUAGCCUCAAAUGAGCGUCUGAAGACCACCAACAAGAAUCUGGAAAACAAAAUCAACAUGGUGCUGAACAGAGAGAAAUUGAACAAGACCACAAGACGGACAUUGUGGGAGGAAAUACGGUGCGAUCUGCAGACAGAGAGUGAAUAGCUUCAUCAACGAGUAAACCAGAGACUCAUUACUCGAGAUGGCUGUUUCAAAGUCAGAUAGUAUGUGCUCGAUAAUGUGCAAUAAAAUGAAAGGACAAGUA